AAAGGAUGUUGAGCUUUUUCAGAAAGAGAUGAAGAAAAGGAGAGAAAAUAAUACAUCCUUGCAGCUGCCUCCAGAGACAAUUGAGCCCAGGGAUGCAGCUGAAGCAAGCUUUUGCUUACCACCUGUCAACGGCACAGCUUCCAUUGUGCAGAGAAAACACCCUGGUAAUGCCUUGAAGAAGAAGGUCUUGAGGAAGCAGGACAAGGUGCCCAGUAUGCCCAUGAUCCAUGAGGAAGGCAGUGUCCCAUGCAACUCCUCAGAGCUGCCAGCCUGGUAAUUUCAGAGGAUGCUGCCUCGUUCUUGGGUGGAGAGAAAAAUCAAUCCUUUUGGUACUUGGUGUUCAGGAAGAAGGAGAAGGGACUCUUCAGCAUCAAACACCUGGCUGGGUCCCAUUCAGAAGUCCUGCUUUCAAGACUUCAUGACAUUUGCUUGGCAGUUACCAGUGAGGUGACCAAGCUGUGGUCAAAGGUGUCCUGCUCGACCAUCGUCACUCUGGGAGAGUUUUUUGCAAGCUUGGAGAAGGACAUGGACUCUGAGGUGGAUGAGGUGGCUCAAGUCCUUCUCCAGGUGCUGCGUAACUGCCCAGAGUUUGAGAAAGCAGCCAGUCAGACCCUGGGGAUCAUGGUGGAGAAUGUGACUCCUGCACAAGCAAUGACUGCUCUCCUGGACAGUGGAGUCAAGUAGGUUCUUCUUCUUUGAGUGAUAUUCUUCAUCUUCUAGUGUGCAGGUGGGGGAAGGGAUGAGAGAAAGAAUGGCAAUGGUGGGAGGGAAGGGUCCUGUAUCCUGCAUCUUCUGUCAGCUCAGUGACUGGAUUCUCCAAUGCACCUCAUUUCUUCCCUCUGGUCCCCUAUUUCUGCCCUCCCUGCAGCCUGAGUUCUUAGAAUCACAGAACUGUAGAAUAUGGGCAGUUGGAAGGGGCUCAUCAGGAUCAUGGCAUGCAGCUCCUGGCCUUGCACAGGACACCCCACGGGUCACAGCAUGUGCCUGAGAGUGUUGUCCAAAUGCUUCUGGAGCUCUGUCAGGCUUGGUGUUGUGAGCACUGCCCUGGGGAGUCUGUUGUAGUGCCCUGUCCUGGGCUGAUGUUAUGGUGUUUGUAUCCCCAAUUGUGUAUUCUGUUCAAGUGAAGGUUUGUUUUGUCUACUUUUCAGUUGGCUCCCCUCCCCCAUCGUCUGUGCUUAGGGGAGGCAAGGUUUGCUGGCUUUUGCUUGCUUGCUUGGCUUGCUGGCUUCAG